AUGAAAGUCGCCCUGCAGCACCUCCCGAAGUGGACGAAACAGCCGGACCACUCGCGCACGGCGUGGCUGAACAAGUCCAUCGACUGCUUCUGGCCCGGACUGGACACCGCGGCGUCGCAGUGCAUCCGCGACAGCGUCGAGCCCAUGCUCCGAACGAUGAUGCCGUCCUUCGUGAACUGGAUCGGAUUCGAGAAGAUCACGCUCGGGCCGACGCCGCUCGUCGUCGGCGGCGCGAAGACGCACGGCUCCAACAGCGAAGACGCCAUGCUCGAGCUCGAGAUCGCGUGGACGUCCGGCGUGGACGUGAUCCUAUCCGCGUACGUCUUCGGCGUUCGAAUACCGAUCCGCCUCCACGACGUGCAGCUGAAGACGACUGUACGGUUGGACUUCAACCCGCUCGUGGACGAGCUCCCGUGCCUGGGCGCGGUGGACGUAUCCUUGCUCGACGAGCUCGCGCUCCUGGACUUUGGGCUGACGAUCCCGCCCGGGAUCGACCUCAUGGCGCUGCCCGGGGUGCAGCAGCUCGUGAAGCACGUCGUCCGCGGGAGCUUGAAGACGAUGACGUACCCGGAGAAGAUGUCGUGUCCGAUCAUGACGAACAGC